AUGGCUUUCAAAAAAGACCAUGCUUCAUUAACGCAGGAGGAUUUAAAGACAGGGGACAAGGGCGACGCAGGAAAGCCAGGAAACCAAGGCUUCACAGGUAAACAGGGACCCCCAGGAAAAUUGGGACCUCAAGGGUCCACAGGCCGACAGGGACCACGAGGAACCAAAGGUGACGUAGGGGAUAAGGGGAGCCAGGGAGCCCCAGGCCUUCAGGGACCUUCAGGAACUCUGGGAAGUAAUUGGAAACAAUGUGUUUUCAAAAAUUUGAACGAUCGAAAGGAUACUGGUCUGAUCAAGGAUUGCCUUUUCUUCAAAAAAUCGGCCAAAACAGCUCUGCGCGUCUUCUGGAGUGGCGCUCUCCGUAUCUAUAACUGUCAUGGUUGCUGCAGACGAUGGUAUUUCACCUUUAACGGUGCAGAGUGCUCCGCUCCUGCUGGAAUUGAAGGUAUCGUGUACAUGGUACAUGGGAAUGGCGCCAAGAAAGAUUUACAUCGAGUGCGACAAAUCGAAGGAGCAUGUGAGAAAGUCCAGAAAGGUGUUGUACGCGUGGGAUUCUGGGUCGGUAACUGUAAUGGUUACGGAUCUGCUGACGCAUACACAGGCUGGAACUCAGUAUCCCGGAUCUACGUAGAAGAAGUACCUCCCCCACAGGGCACUCACCCACAUCAACCAUAUGGACCCUAUGCUUAUGGUGCUCUUUUUGGUGCACCAGGGAUACCAGGUAUUCCCGGGAGCCCAGGACCCGCGGGACCCACGGGCAUCGCAGGGCCACCCGGUCCUCGUGGUUCUACGGGACCACAAGGGGACAAGGGCGACGCAGGAAAGGCGGGAAACCAAGGCCUCACAGGUAAACAGGGACCCCCAGGAAAAUUGGGACCUCAAGGGUCCACAGGCCGGCAGGGUCCCCGUGGAACCAAAGGUGAUGCAGGGGAUAAAGGAAGCCAGGGAGCCCCAGGCCUCCGGGGUCCUCCAGGAGCUCUCGGGAGUAAUUGGAAACAGUGUGUUUUCAAAAAUUUGAACGAUGGAAAGGACACUGGCUUGAUAAAGGAAUGCCUUUUCAUCAAAAAGUCGGCCAAAACAGCUCUGCGCGUGUUUUGGAAUGGCAACCUCCGCAUCUAUAACUGCCAUGCUUGCUGCAGACGAUGGUAUUUUACCUUAAACGGCGCAGAGUGCUCAGCUCCUGCUGCAAUUGAUGGCGUAGUCUACAUGGUACAUGGAAAUGGCGCCAAAAAGAAUUUACACCGCCCCCGUCAUAUCGAGGGUGUGUGCGAGAAAGUCCACAAAGGUGUUGUGCGCGUUGGAUUCUGGGUCGGUAACUGUAAUAGUUACGGAUCUGCUGACGCAGAGACAGGCUGGAACUCAGUGUCCCGGAUCUACGUGGAAGAAGUACCACCCCCACAGGCAUAGUGUCGUAUACUACCAUGGUUUUAUUGCUCAACAUCUAACAGCAGAAUAAGAAAAAUAGCACGAUCAGGAACCUUAGAUUUAAUAGUCAGGAUAAAUUACAGCAAAGUUUUGAAAUCGGAUAUUUUAAGGUUGCACCUCUGAACUGUGUUGAGUGGGGAUGAUGUCAUGACAACUUGCAAAUAAAGAGAGGGUUUUCACUAAAA